AUGAAAAUAUUAAUUCUUAUAUGUUUUCUAUGUUUAAUAUUAUGUAUACAACCAGUUGAAAAUCAUUUUUUCAGUUGGAUUCGAGAUAAAAUUCAAGACAAAAUUAGUGCAAAUAAAUCUCGACAUGCAUUUGAUUGUGGUAAAUCAGCUAUACAACAAAUUUUACCAACUAAAAUGGAUAAACCACGUGUAACUGGUGGUAUAUCAGCAGUUGAUCAUUCUUUUCCAUGGGUAGUUAAUGUUAUCAAUCUUAAAUCAUUAAAAUCAUGUGGUGGAACAAUUAUUUCAUCGGAUACAAUAAUAACGGCUGCACAUUGUAUGGUUGAUCCACCAAAAUAUGUAACUGUUAUUGCUGGUGCUGCAAAUUUAUUGGGUCGUCUUAAUCUAUUUAAUCAUUAUUCUGUUUCUAAAGUAAUUAUUCAUCCAAAUUAUGUAUCAUGUUGUGAUUAUGAUGUAGCAUUAAUAAAACUUAAAAAAAAACUUCAACGUUCUGAUAUGAUAAAUUCAAUAUGUUUACCGAAUGAAAAAGAUCAAGAAAUAAUACCUGAUACAGAAGCUAUUAUUGCAGGUUGGGGAGGAAAAUAUCCAACAAGUGGAUUAAAUGUAUUGGGUUCAUUUCAUUUAAAACAAGGUUUAGUUUAUGUUAAAUCAAAUAAUUAUUGUCAAAAUUUUCUUGAAUCAUUUGAUAAAAAAGAUGAAAUAUGUGCAACAAAUACACAUGAUAAUGUAGAUUCAAGAGAAGGCGACAGUGGUGGUCCUUUAAUGAUACUUAACAAGACAGAUAAUCGUUGGUAUUUAUUUGGUGUUACAUCACAUGGUGUUAAUUCAGAAACAAUACAACCUGGAGUUUAUUCAUCAGUUUUAACUAAACUAAAUUUUAUUAAAAAAUAUCUUUAA